AUGGCGGGUAUUGAUCAACAAAGUAAAUCUGUGGCUGAAUUGAAGGCAUUUUUGAGAGAAAGAGGUGUAAAUACUUCUAUCCAUAAAAAGGAGUCACUUAUUAGGUUAGCAGAGGCAGCAACCGAAAUUCAGCUUGAACCAGAAGAGGUGAAAAAUUACCAUUCUGACCGCCAAAACCGCCGCACAAUUGAGACACCAGACGGCAAAAAAGUUAUUAUUCCGGAUAUUCUUUCCAUCAGUGACUGGAAUAAUAACCUCACCACUCUUCCGACUGUUGAAAUGGGGGACAUUUUUGUAUAUUUAAUGACAACCUGCAUGUGGUCAAAUGAUAGACUGAAAUCAUACAAAAAUGACAAUGGCUACCAGUUAUAUAUGCAGAGACAUGUUGAUAAUGUUGUAAUGAGAACUUUGAAUAAUGACCAUCUAUAUAUAAAAUGUACACCUGAAACAAGACAAAAGGAAAAGCCAUAUACCACCUGGAUACUGAUGGAUAACAAAGAAAGGCAUAAAUCAGGGGGAUGUACUUGUGUUGCUGAUGAUGGCAGCUGCAAACAUUGUGUUGCUGUGUUAUUUGCCUUGCAUGAAUUUACAGAUCGACAUAAAGACAGAGGGACUGAAGUCUGCACUGACACACCUUGCCAGUGGGACAGACCAAGGCAGAGUUCAAAUCCUGAAACUAUCCAUACGCUUUAA